UGCACCAUGGAGGGAGCGGCUGUGGUAUCGGCCCGCAGGAGCCCCCCAGUACCAGAGUACAAUGUCUCAACCUCCACCUUGGCCUUCGACCAGCAUUUCACCAUGACUGCCAAAGGAAUACUUCUCUUGGCUGAGAUCAUGUGUGGCAUGUUAGUGUGGAUUCUGGUUGGGGGAACGGAGUAUUUCCAUUUGUCUGCUCUCUGCUGGGUGAUGUUCAUUGCCAUCUUGUGCUGGGUUUUGACUGUCGGCCUGUUUAUAAUUUACCUCACUGGAGCCCACAACAGGAUACCACGGGUCCCCUGGAGGACACUGUCACUGUGUUUGAACUGUAGUGCUACAGCUCUCUAUCUGGUGACAGCACUGGUAGAUGCUCUCUCGGUCACCCAGGCCAUUAGGGGGCGACACAACUACAACUGCUGGGCAGCAUCUGCAUUCUUUGCUUUUCUGACCACACUGUGCUACGCAGGAAGCAGUUACCAGAGCUACCGUGCCUGGAAAACCACAGAAGAAGAGCAGUAGCUGCUCCACUAUUGCCUACUGUUUUAAAGUAAUAUUGUUCCGACUUUCUAUGAGAAACAUGUCAGAUGGAGUGAGAUAUAGCUCCCUUAAAGCUGACCCUUAAAGUUGCUCUAAUUUAUUUCAUGUGUAAGUGCUAUAUAGUCAAGUAGUGAUUAAAAAAUGUUAAAACCCUCAUUUAAAGAGUGACAGUGACAAAACCGUUUUGGAAGCACAAACAAUUUACCUACACAGAAUACAUCCAUUAUUAAUAAGUGCUUGACUGCAAGAUGUUUUAUUUGAAAGAAUAAGAAAAGGUGACUGUUGUUCCACUUUGCUCAGUGUGUGGUGUCCUGCCUCACAUGCCCAGCAGAUGUCCUCAUUGAGUUUCUGAAGAUCGCCUGACCUGAAAGCACAGCCCUUCGCCAACUUAUGUGCCAAACUCAUAAAGUAUAUCAUAUUAGAACAGAUUUACUCUGUAGUUUGUCACAUCAUCAAGCUAACUCGGUACUCUUGUUACUCGCAAGUUGCAGAUGCCAUAAUGCAGUUCACUUUGUUCAUGCAUCACCUAUAAGCCUGUCAAUGAAAGUAAAUUUGUCUUUUACUUAAAUCCAAAAGUGUCAGGCUGAAUCGAGGUUACUACAGCUGUGACAGGAAGUGACCUAAUUGUCUACAACUAUCUGUUGAAUUUUUCUAGGAGUCUAUAACAUUAAUGACCUCCAAGGUUCCAUGAGCACCUUUUUUGAGCUCAGUAGAUUUAAAUAUUUUAUAUUCUAGGUUGUAUAUCUUAAGUUAUAGUUCAAAGCAGACAAAUGCAUUCAACUAAAUGUAUUUUAUUUUGUUUGGAUUUUAAUGUAUCACCUAAUCCUUGUCACCAUUCUAAUCACUAAUAAAUAUUCCUAGUUCAAAAGCUCAAACCACAGAUUACAUAAAAAAAAAAUUGAUGCCACUAACAGAAACCUAUACCUAAUGUGAAAUAUCAUUUCAAAAAAGUUAACAUGUAGGCCUACAGCACAAUCUGCAGUAUUAUUAAUAUUGAGAAUAUCAAAACAGCUUGAACACAGACACGAGAUGAUUUAAUAUUAACACUGAUGAUGAAAACUGUUUUAUUUUUUACUUAAUUUUUUAGUAACAACAUGAGAUAUUUGUACUAGUCAUUUAAUGUAUGACAACUGAUCUUUCAAGAAAAUUUAAGGCAAAUCAAAUUUUUUAUAAUUAUGGCCAGUAUGAUUAGGAUGAAUGAUUCCAGUGACCAACACUUCACUGUAUAUCAGGGGUUGGCAGCUCCUGCUGGACUCCCACAUAAACAGACUUAUGACUGGACUUGCAACUGGCCCCAAAUUGACUCCAGACUUGAAUGCAACUCAUGAGCAUUUUUUAAAGAUUAGUAAAGAACCGCAGCAGGAAGGUUUCAGUUUUUACAUCCUUUUGUAAUCCUGUAAUGCCCAACAGCAUGUGUCUACACAAACAAAACAUACACAUACAGUAGUAAGCUGUGCUGGUGAUGGGACUGAUACCAGAUGUUGUAGGCUUUGGAUACAAGUAUUUCAAAACCCCCAGGCUUAACAAAAAAUUGCCUUCUGUAAAAAAUGUAUGACAAAUAUAUAAUACAUCAGGUCAUCCACUUCAUAUGGCAAAUGAAAACUUAUCCUGAACAGCUAAUGUUGCAGAUAUUAACCUUGUGUUACUGACAUUACUGUUAAUGUCAUUACUGUUGUUUAAAUGUCAGGUAUGUUUGCUACUGACAGGUUUUCUAUCUUGUCUCAGACUUGCAUUUUGUGACUAUUGUACAUACAAUAUGGGCAUGUUGUCUUAAGACAAACUUGCAAUUGUGCACUUAUCCAUUAAGGUACUCACACACUUUGUCAGGACCCCUCACAUUUCAUGUUGCCCUACAUAGUCACUGAAACUGCUUAGGUAUUGUGGGGACAAACUAACAGUGUGGUUGAGGACUUGCUUCUUGGAGCGGUAAACUGUCCUCUCCAAUUUUUAAGUUUUAAACUUGCUGUUUUUAUUUCAUCUUUACAUCUACAACACCAGCUCCCUGAAAAUGAAGCUGCUAAAUGGAAUUUAGUCAUAAUACAUUUUAUUAUUUACAUCUCUGCAUUCCCUGUUAAUAAUCCAGAACAGACAGACAUUAACAGCAUUAUUGCUGGUUUUAGUUUCUGUAAGGGUAGUGGUGAAAAUACUAUUAAAAUAGAAAAUGAUCAGCCUUUUUAUUUGGAGAGCCCAUGUCAUUCUUCUCUGUGUUUUCUGACUUAUCUACAGUGUUACAAUGAUGACUUAUCACCUUAAAUUUGACUGAAAGCUCAAAAAAUGACAUGUACCUAUGUUGUUGUACUUCUAUGCAGAAGCAACUCAGUUUAUACAAGUCUCCGGAAUUCUCACUGACAAGACUUUUUUUCCCCAACUAUGUAAAGUCUUGAGCAGUAGUUUACAUAUUUCCUUGAAUGAUCAUUUUCUCCUGCCUGUGUGAGCUUGUCUGUGGCCUGAAGCCUACAGCUAGUGAAGCACCCUGGGGCUGUGACUGAUCAGCUCAUCAACAUUGGAUUCCCUGGAGCACAGGACCUGUUUAAACCUGCUACAUGUUGCUGGUUAAUGAGUGGAUUAAUGAUCCAUGAUGUUAUUGUUGGAAUUAAUUUCACUACUUUGGGACUGUAUG